GAGAGAGAGAGAGAGAGGGAGGGAGAGGGGGAAAACAGGCCUCCACCCCGAGUAUCAGGGAAAUGGGAGUCUGUAUGAGGGAUAAAGCAGCGAGACUCGGCAUCAUCUACAUCUCUGAAGCAAAUGAGCUAUGGAGAAAAGGGCCGAGUGUAAGAUGAGGGGAGAUUAUAUUUGGCCUGUAAAACUGUGUGUGUUCAGUGGAUCAGAACUGCACAGUGAACAUUAGUGUGGACACACACACUCUGUGCUUCAUAUUAAAGUCUGCAGUCACUGUGCUCGUCUGCGCUAGUCUGCGUUAGUUCUCCCUCCAAACCACAUGGAGGCACAGCAAGGUUCUCCGGACAGCAGCAGUGAGGAAUGUACCGUUCUGGAGGCUUUUCCUGGCAAAGGAACAGUUUGCUCUCAACAUAAAGGAAAAGCCCUAGCAUUUUAUUGUCUGCCGUGUGAGAGUGCUGUGUGUGAGGAGUGUAUUGUGAGGGAACAUGCCGACCACCCGACAGAGUCACUGGAAAAAAUUGUGGCUCAACAACGAACAGCUUUGCACGAAAGACUGAACGCAGCUCAGAACAGGCUUCCCCAGAUCAGAGAUGCUGUACAGACACUGAAGGACAUACUGCAGCAGCUGAGCACUCAGAAGAACUCUAUCGAGGAGGACAUCCACUCCUCCUUUAGCGAGCUGCACAAGACCCUGGACACCCGUAAGAGUGUCCUGCUCAUGGAGUUAGAGGUCACCUACGGAUUAAAACAGAAGGUACUGCAGAAUCAGUUAGACACUCUGCUUAAAGAGGGGGCUGAUAUCAGCAGUAACUGUAGUCAAACAGGAGAGGCGUUGGAUGGGGCAAGUGAGGCUGUUGUUUUGCAGACUCACAAAGCCUUUGGAGAGCGAUUGAGCGAGCUGGCCAGUCAGGGCCUUCCCCUCCAACCUGAGGAGAACGAUCAGCUGGAGCUCAUAAUGGAAGUCGAAGGACUUCGUAAAUCCAUCCACAACCUGGGCGCGGUUAUCACCACCAACGCGGUGGCCAGCCAGACUGAGGCUUCAGGAGAUGGCCUACAGCAAUGCAUUGUAGGUCAGCCAACCUCUAUCAUCAUAACCACCAGAGACAAGUCAGGGGGCCUCUGCAAGUCAGGCAAUGCUAUCAUCUCGGGAGAAGUCUUCACACCCGACGGCAGUGUCAUGGAUGGAGAGAUUUUGGACCAUAAGAAUGGCACCUAUGAGUUCAUGUACACAUUGUACAAGGAGGGAGACUUUAGUCUGGCACUGAGACUCUAUGAUCAGCACAUCAAAGGAAGUCCCUUCCGGCUGAAGGUUAUCGGUUCUCCGGAUGAUUCACCCACUACCACGUCCGGAGCCAACGCCGCCUCCACAGGCUCCAGUGAAGGUGGUGCAAGGAGACGGAGCGCCAAGUCCCCGGGUAGCAGGAGCCGACAGAAAGGGGUGCGGAGAGGUGGGAGCUUGUUCAGCACACCCAAGAAGAAAGUAAAUCCCAUUGAAGAUGAUCUCAUCUUCAAAAUCGGAACAAAAGGAAGAAAUAAAGGUGAAUUCACCAAUCUACAGGGUGUAGCUGCCUCAUCAGGAAGUAUCCUGAUUGCAGACAGUAAUAAUCAGUGUGUGCAGAUCUUCUCCAAUGAGGGAGAGUUUCAGAGCCGGUUUGGAGUCCGUGGCCGUUCGCCGGGGCAGCUGCAGAGGCCCACUGGUGUCGCUGUGCAUCCAAAUGGUGACAUUAUCAUUGCUGACUAUGAUAACAAGUGGGUUAGCAUCUUCUCCAGUGAUGGCAAAUACAAGGCUAAGCUUGGGUCUGGUAGGCUGAUGGGUCCGAAGGGCGUCUCUGUGGAUCAGAACGGUCACGUUAUCGUUGUGGACAACAAGGCCUGCAUGGUGUUCAUCUUCCAGCCCAGUGGGAAACUGGUAACGAAGUUUGGCAGCAGAGGAAACGGUGACAAACAGUUUGCAGGUCCCCAUUUUGCCGCAGUCAACAAUAAUAAUGAAAUAAUUGUCACUGACUUUCACAAUCAUUCAGUCAAGGUGUUUAGUGCUGAAGGCGAGUUCCUGCUCAAAUUCGGCUCAAACGGUGAAGGCAACGGUCAGUUCAACGCUCCCACAGGCGUCGCAGUGGACGUUAACGGGAACAUCAUCGUAGCUGACUGGGGAAACAGCCGCAUACAGGUGUUUGAUGGAAGCGGUUCGUUUCUGUCCUACAUCAACACGGCGGCGGAUCCUCUUUACGGGCCACAGGGUCUCGCCCUCACCUCCGACGGCCAUGUCGUUGUGGCUGACUCCGGUAAUCACUGUUUUAAGGUGUACCGUUACCUUCAGUGAUUCAGCAUCUCUCUCGUGCACUUCUACUGCAGAUCCAUCGCGCUUACUUUCCUGUGCUACCUGUUUCAUUCUGGCCGGAAUGGAUCGACGCGUCUUGAAUAAUUAUUGUCAGUGCUAUCAGAUGAAUAUUUGGGACAGCUGAGGCUUGUAAAGUUCAAGUGUGGUCACAUUCAGCUUCCAGGUUGUGUUGGGUUUACACGCGGGAAUCGUCUCACAUCGUACACGUCUGCGUAUUAUUUUCAUUUCUCAUCCUGUAGAAACGUUUAGGUUCGGUGAACUUUGACCUCACUGUUUGACCCUUUAAAAAACAUCUAGAGUUUUGUCUCUCGCCAACUGUUCAAAAAUACAGAAUUUAAAAUAUAUUAUUAUUAUUAUUAUAUAUUAGUUUUUUUCUCUUCUGGUUGAAAGUGGCUCAUCUGCUGUUUUGUUGAGGGAAAAAAGAAGACAUAUUUUUGCGUAAUAACCCUUACCAGUGUACUCCAGUGUGAAAGUGCAGAGCUGAAACACACAAAGAUCACCAGGUCUGGCUAAACCCUAAACAUUUACACCUCUGGAGCUAUAACGUGACCACACCUUUAUUCAGCAGCCUCUCACAGACGAAUAUUUGCUACAUUGUAAUGGAGUUUUAUGCGAUCGGAGGAGCAUGUGUUUGGAAUCGAACCUGAAAAGUCCAUUUGCUCGGCCUUUACUGCUAAAUCUGAGUUCCGCUCCGUGCAUGUGAACAUCGUUACACAGACAUUCAGCCACGCUCUCCAGCACGGCUCUUCAAGACUGAAUUGAAUGAUGAUAUUUAAAGAUGAAAACAAACUUCACCUGUUUAGUUCUGCGCUUUAAAGCAUAUUCCUGAUGGCUACGUUCAUCUCUCAGUGACGUUUUAGAGUAAAUAAACAUUAAAGGAGACCUAAUAUGCUAAAUUCACUUUUACAUGGUGUGUGAAGAUAAGUGUGUGUCGACAGUGUGUGUACACAACCACCCAAUAACGGUAAAAAUCCACACACUCCUUUUUUAUAUUCCCCAUAAAUCAUAAACAGUGUCUGAAAAUGAGUCGAUCGUGUUUUCUCUCCAACACGAUGGAACAGGCCCCGCCCACGACUGGUGACGGACUCUGCCCUAUUAGCAUAACUCCUCCCCUGAGUGAGCUGCACACAGCUUUUUGUGAAUGUUUGUAAAUGGUCUUUCCGAAUGAGCUCGUUAGCAGAUUCCACGGCUAUUGCGGCUAAAGUUACCGUUGUCUCCGAUUGUAUUCACGGAGAGCAGAACUACGUCCUCACUUUUAUUUAAACCCGAGAACACUUCCUGUCUGUAUAAUUCAUACAUACAGGGCUGAACACCGGUAUUUACAUGUCAGUCAGACCGCUUCUCCUGAUUUGUUGUUGCCGUAGUAUCCAAAGCGUGAGCUGUAAAGGCACAGCCCUCUUUCAGAAAGAGGGCGGAGACCAGGAGCUCAUUUGCAUUUAAAGACACACACAAGAAAACAGCGUGUUUUCGCUUCCACCCAAAAGAGGUAUUUACAGCAGGGUGUAAUAAAUGAUCUGUGGGGUAUUUAGAGCUGAAACUUCAGACACAUUCUGGGGACACCUGAGACUUAUAUUACACAUCUUGUAAAAAGGGGCAUGAUAGGUCUCCUUUAAGCAUUUAGAGUACAGGGACUUUGUUCCGUGUUACUAGACUAUGGAAGUGUAGGAGCUCUAAAAGUAGAUCCACGAUAACACACUCUCGUCUCGCCUUCUUGUGGACUUUACUAGCGAAUAUCAGGCCUCUAUUUU